GCAGGUACCCCCCGGAACCACCAGCCACACAACGACCUCGGCUGUGGGGACUUCGUGCUCGACGCGCUCGGAACUCACUGGGCAGGCGAGCUUGGGUCUGGGGACUACCUCUCCAGAGGGUACCUUGCUGGGGGAGACGGCCAAGGUGGUGACCGUUGGUUAUACGUCCGCAAGCGGACAGAGGGCCAGAGCACGAUCUCCUAA